UCUUGAAGGCGAGGCUCAAGGCUGAAUGCAAAGCCACCACUGAACUACUUGUUCAAAGUACUUAACGGGUAACACCACUAUAAUGAUCUACAAAGAAAAGAAUAAUAUUGGAGAAAGCUAUUGAGCAUAUAUAUAUGACAAAAAAAAUAUUCAAGAAUGGUGGCACCGCAGCCAGUUUCGCGAAGCACACGCUGCGCGCAGUGUAGUUACUGAAAAAUUUUAUCUAAAAAAAAGAAAAAAUACAUGUUUAUAGCUAAAUAAAUAGGUAGGGACUCUUAAAAAUAUUGAUGAUUGAUGUGUGGUUGGCGAGUGUUUGAAUUAAAACGUUCGACGAAAAAAAUUGUAAUCAUGGAUUUUUGUCGCAUUUUUGGUAAAAUAUGUCCAGUGUUCUUCAUAGCAUCAAAUACUUUAUGUACCUGAGAAUGGCCUAGAUGGAUGAAACGUGAAUUUACGUUGACUGAAACCCAUGAAUUUUUAUUUUAAAAAGUUCAUCUUUAGAGAUGAGAUUGAUGGAUGGUGACACUUUUCCUUCUAAGAACAUAGAAUAUAUAUGUGUUAAAUAAUACAGUUCCCGAAAGGUAGCAAAGCCACGCCCACUUUCUAUACUAAAACAAUUCCUCAUUUUCAAAAAUGGACUUUAGGGUUUGACCACAGUUCUACUGCUCGUUAGUUUAUAUGCUUCAAGGAAUACUCUGGGGAUGUAGAUUUAGAUGUAGAAAGAAUUUUUCAUUGAAAUACCAAUGUUUAUAGAUUUUCUAUAAUGGUUACCAUGGAGAUUGUUCCAGAACAUUCAUGAUGGGGAAUGUGGAUGAAGAGGGCAAAAACCUAGUAAAAGCUACUGAAAUAUGUCUGCAUGCAGGUAUCAGGGCUUGUAAACCAGGUGAAUUUUUCAGGACAAUUGGAACAGUGAUUGAAGAAACUGCGCAUAGUUUAGGGUAUCGUGUAGUGCCGGCAUUUCUCGGUCAUGGUAUUGGACAUUAUUUCCAUGGGCCUCCAGAUAUAUUCCAUUUUCGAAGAAACAGCAUUUUUUACUGGAGAGAAUGAUUAGUCAAGCAAAGAAAGAAAUAAUUACCCAGGACGGAUGGAAGCUGGUAUGACGUUCACAGUGGAACCUGUACUGACACAAGGUAAAGAAACAAUAGAAAUUUUAGAAGACGACUGGACUGCCGUAACUGUAGAUAAUUCACGCACAGCGCAGUUUGAACACACUGUAUUAAUAACAAAUGAUGGCGUUGAAAUAUUGACAGUUUGAUAUAUUUGUUUUGUCCUAGAAUAAAAUAAAGUAAGCUGAAAUAAAAGCUUUAUGACUAGUUAUAGCACCAUACGAAGAUCCAUAACUACUGAAAUGCAAUUAUUGUAGGCAUUUAAGAAGGAAUAUCAAAUAUGACCAUUUUCAAUUAACAUGCCCUAAUGGUCAUUUUCAGUUUGCAAACUGAUAAAUUCAGUUAACCGGUUAAUUGUCAAGUCUGUGUGUUAUAGGGCUGCCAAUUCAGCUGCCAUAAUAUGCCUAAAUGUACACGCACAAUGAGGAGAAGCAAAGUGGAGGGAACAGUGGUGACAUUUGUCAUUUGCACCUUUGUAUUCCUCCCCUCAACCAGCC